AACAGUUGUGAGCAAGCUAACGUAGGGAGACAACACUCAGUCAUACACACAGGUUUUUUUAAGAGGAAGAGGAAGAGGUAAAAGCAGGUACCUUGUUUUCACCCUAACUAACAGGUGACCUGUCCUGGAUAGCAGUUAGCGUACCUGUUGGGUUUAGCAGAGAAUGUAGCUGCAGCCUUUUGGCUACACCACACAACACACGCCACCAUGGGAGAAGCUACAAAGGUAUGUGGCUUAAUAUGGAGGCUUCUAUGGCUCAUCAUGUGUUUGUGUGACCGAUGGGAAAUAAGUGGAGUCUUCACUUGAUAGGAGUGAGCUCCACAAGUUAUUUUUUAAAGAAUGUUUUAUCUCAUCUGUAUGUACAACUCAACAAAUUGGGCUCUGGUUGGUAAAAAUGUCACUGGUUGAAUAAGUGGAACCUUAACUGUACAUUUCAUUGUAUAUGUAAUGUUACAAGUAAAAGCGCUGGUUGUCAGGAAAUAAUCUCUUACUAGUAAUAUUGGUAAACAUUCUUUGUGUGUGGUUGUCCUUGUUGUGUAUGUUUUUUUUAUAUGUGCAUAUUUGUGAUAUUCUUUUCAGUAGUCAGAGAGUGUGUUUGUGCAACAUGCAUUAAUCUUAUUAUAUUAAUCAGUAGGCUAUUACAUGAAUGAGGCCGAAAUAAACGCUACUGCUUUUCUAAAUGAAGUGGCAGAUUAAAGCUUACACAAGAGAGAUAGGGAAAGAGAGGGACGAAGAGAGAGAGAGAGAGAGAGACAUUGUGAGAGCAAGCAAGAGGGAUAGAUAGAAAGGGAGGGCGAGAAAGGGUCAUCGUGUCAUCGUGCUGUAAGUCAACUGUUUCAAAGAGACAAGGCUUUGACAACAUGCCCUCGUUUCUUAGGUCAGGGGCUUACUAAGGUUCUAAACAUACAGUUAGUGUGUGUCAUAACAAGGUGUUUAUUAUACUGUACCCUACUGGGAAAUAACUGUGCAAUUUGGUUUCUGUUGGUUGGCUCAUAAACCACACAGCAUGUCAUUAAGUGAAUGGAAAUGAUCUGAAUGGAAAUGAGGCAAGUCAUUCCCUCCAUCCAUACUUCCUGUUUUCUCUCUCUGAUGAUUAUGUAAAUGAUGUGGGACAUAAUCUACUUGGGGCCACUAGAAAGGGGGCUACUAGGGCCUACCCAUGAGAUCAGAAUGGACCUACCUACACUCUGGGCACAAAACCUGUGGCUGGAAGCUUUUGUCAUCAGCUACCAAUCAGAUGGAUGGAUGGAUGGAUGGAUGCAUGCAUACCUUUCAUUCAACACCUUGAAAUUGAUUUGAUCACAUUAUAGUAAAUAGUAACUUUUCCAAGCUUAUAGCUUCACUAUAGGCCUGAUGACCAUAGUCAAGUGUGUUGGGAUUGUUAUGUUAUGGUAAAUGAACUAUCGUGUCAAGCAGUAAUAAAAUGGACGGAAUUUUACUGAAUUGUAAUAUGUCUUCCUCAGGGCUUGCUCUCGGUCCUUCAGAAGUUGAAGGGGACCACAGAGAGUGUGGAGCUGAGGAUAGUUUUACUGGGUCUGGAUAAUGCAGGCAAGACCACCCUACUGAAGAGCCUCGCCUCAGAAGAUAUCAACACUAUCACACCCACACAGGUCAGAGGGCAUCACACACAGGCAUACACACAGACAUACAAUACACACACAACAAAAUCCCAUUUUCCCUAACCCUAACCAUAACCUUAACCCUAAUUCUAACCCUAACCCUAAACCUAACCCCUAAGCCUAAAAUAGCCUUUUUACAAGUGAGGAGCAGUAAAAUGUCCUCACUUCUCUGAAUUUUUGUUGGUUUACUAUUCUUGUGAGGACUCUGCUACUCACAAGUAUAGUAAAACGUGUGUACACACACACACACAUACACUCUCUCUCCCUCUCUCCCUCUCUCUCGCUCUCUCGCUCUCACAGCAUGUAAGACACCAUCACAUUCACACCUAUACAUAGCUAUAGCAUUACACCACACUUGCACCUGACUUUUCCUACUAGCACUGACUUUGCUGAUAGCUUCUUUAUUGAGGAAAAAUGUAACUACUAUGUGGUUGUCUCACUUAGCUAUCUUAAGAUGAAUGUAUUACCUGUAAGUCGCUCUGGAUAAGAGUGUCUGCUAAAUGACUCAAAUGUAAUGUAAAUGUACUAUCAACAAUCAGGUGAAGGAACAUAACAUCACGUCACCCUGACACAGACAAAACAAAAUGACUCCAAUGUAGACGUAGCCGUAACCUCUGGGUUAGGGUUGCAAAAUUCUGGGAACUUUCAAUAAAUUCCCUGGUUUUCCAGAAAUCCUGGUUGGAGGACUCUGGAUGUCCCUCCUGACUCCAGCAAUCCUCCAACCGGGAUUUUGAGAAAACCAGGGAAUUUAUUGAAAGUUCCCGGAAUUUUGCAACCUUACUCAGGGUUAGAAAUAAGGUAAAGGAAAGGUGAAAGGGCAGGGCGGACUUCAGUGAGAAAGCAGGAUGGUAAGGAUUGGCUCAGCAAGUAGCAUGCAGGUAGCAUGAGGCUGAGGCCUAUCUCUACUGAGGGAUCAUGUUGUUACACAACCUCUCACUGCUGAGCCAGAUAGAGACAGUGUUAUGAAAAAGGCUGUGGCCCAUGUCAGGACAACACUUCCUCUUAGACAUGAAAAGCACAACCCUGGUUGAGCCAAAGUUGUUGUUGUUGUUGUCCCAUGUUCAUAGGAAUAUGUUUAACUGUAAGUCUUAAGUGUCAUUCAGAUUUUUUUGGUUGAGAUCACAGUGAUGAAUGGUGGGCUGACUUGACUUUAUUUAAUCAUUUUAGCUGCUGGCUCUCUAAUGAAAUGCCCUGACAUAGAGUACUAACCCAUGGUUUGUGUUUGACACCAGGGCUUUAACAUUAAGAGUGUGGCUCACAUGGCAUGAAGCUGAAUGUAUGGGAUAUUGGAGGACAGAGGAAGAUCCGUCCCUUCUGGAAGAAAUACCUUGAAAAUACAGAUUUACUGGUGAGCACCUAACAGGGUCAUUCAGAUCCGCUGCAUUCUGUCAUAUGAUCCUCAUGUUGAGAUCGAUAGUAGCUCAUUAAGGUAAGGAGAACAACUAUGCCCAACAAUCCAUGAUAUGAAUGUUGUGGGCCUAGAGGAUGAUAUUGCAUGUAGUAAAUAUGGCGAAAUAAUACUUUUGACAACUAUAUGGAUCCUGGAUCUUUUAGAUGUUUAUAGUUCAUUAUUUUCGAUUUCCAGAUCUAUGUCAUAGACAGUGCAGACAAGAAGCGGUUUGAGGAGACGGGACUGGUAAGGAUGGCACACCUCAGAUCUGUCUGUAAUAGCUAUCUAGCAGAUGUGAUCUGUAUCUGUGCGUUGAGUUCUCUCUCUCUCUCUCUCUCUCUCUCUCUCGAGGCUCGACUCUCCUCCAUCUCUCUCUCCGCUAGGGCUCAGCGUCGAAUAGCUAGAGAGAGUCUCUAUCUAGAUCUCGACUCGCAUCCGUCUCUAUCUAUUCUCUCUCUCUCUCUCUCUCUAUCUCUCUCUUCCUCUCUCUUCCUCUCUUUAGGAGCUGGAAGAACUGAUCGAUGAGGAGAACUUAAAGGGUGUGCCAGUGCUCAUCUUUGCCAAUAAGCAGGACCUGGCCACGGCCUCGCCCGCCAGUGAGAUCGCUGAGGGACUCAACCUGCACACGUACCGGGACCGCCAGUGGCAGAUCCAGGCCUGCUCAGCAGUGUCCGGGGAGGGAGUACAGGUCAGUACUGUUAAACUGGAAUUAGACCAAAUGAUUGACUGGUUGAGGUGCACUUUAGUUAGAAUCAGGAAAUCAAUACAUUCUUCCUGAUGGUUUAGGUAGCACUAAUCAGAAUGGCCUAAAACACCUGAACAUGUACCAAAAUGUCCUUGUUGAUGAGAUUUGAAUUUGACCCUAUUUUCCUCCUUACUCUGCUCCAUUUUCAAUCACCCCAGGAUGGCAUGAACUGGAUUUGCAACAACAUCGUAAAUAAGAAGAAAUAAACUACCAGCCCUACUGUACCAAUCCUCCUUUUUACCAGAGAGAAACAUACCCACCUCUUGUAUUUUUACACUGUCUGGUUAUUUUAUUACUGCAAUGUGUAUGUGAGAUACCUUAUUUUAAAUGGUGCUCCAAUGAAAGAAGAAUAUUGGCCCUAGAAAUUGAAGGAAUGUUUUGUUUUUUAUAUUUACAAAUAUGCCCUAUUUGAAUAUGUUGUAAUAAAAUGAUCUAAUUUAAUUAAAUUAGCAUUAUGUCCAUAUCCUGUAAUUUAUGUUUUACCCCGUAUCUGGAAGCUUCCAAUGGCAAGUCUCUGUGUUUUCUUAUUUAUAAUAUUUAAAAAAUGAGAGAAUUGACAUAAACAUAUAGUCAUAUUGUUUGAGUCAGUCAGUCAGGUCGGUAAACACCAGAGUAGGUUAUGUGUAAAGUAUCUGUGUAAUGUAAAAGUAUUUGUGUUUUGAGAUUUUGAGAUUUUUUACAUUAAAAGUGUUAGUCAUA